GAGCUCAGGCAGAUAAGCAUAUUAGAAACAAUGGCACCUCCCGUCUAUCACCACAGAACAGGCUGGCAUUUUAUUUCCACCAUGGAUUGAGGGGUUAAGUUUAGAUAAUUUAGAGAUCAGAUCUACCUUUCUUUUUCUUUUUUUACUGGCCAUUCUUCUCGUGCUGGAAAUAUAAGAUUUUAAAUGGGAAGUUGGUAGCUUCUUCUGCCAGCCUGAAAGGAAGAUUCCCUCAACUCCUAGAGCACACAGCUGAGCAAAAUUCCUGCCAGGCCAUGGAUGACCCUGGGAUGGAGUCAGAAGGCAGAAUCAACAAGACGAUCUCUUCUUUAAUGAGCCAUAAAAGGAACUUGACAUAUUCACCCUACUACCAGCACUCCCCGCCUGUUGCCGCUAUCUAUAUAAUCUCCUACUUGUUUAUCUUCGCCUUGUGCAUGGUUGGGAACAGUCUCGUUUGCUUCAUUGUGCUGAAGAACAGCCGGAUGAGAACAGUGACCAACCUCUUUAUCCUCAACCUAGCGAUCAGUGACCUGCUGGUUGGGAUUUUCUGUGUGCCCACCACACUUGUGGACAAUUUAAUCACAGGCUGGCCCUUCAGCAAUGGAAUCUGCAAGAUGAGUGGGCUGGUUCAGGGUAUGUCUGUGUCCUCGUCUGUUUUCACGCUGGUGGCAAUUGCGGUGGACAGGUUCCGAUGCAUCAUUUACCCCUUUAAAUCCAAGCUCAGCCUGCUCAAGGCCCUGAACACCAUCGCGGUCAUCUGGGUCCUGGCCAUCACCAUCAUGUGCCCUUCUGCUGUCAUGCUCACGGUAGUGGAGAUUGAGGAUCACUACAUGGUGUACAAUGACAACCGGAGCCUGGCUUACCCCUUGUAUUCCUGCUACGAGGCCUGGCCCAACAGCGAGAUGCGCAAGGUCUACACCACUGUCCUUUUUGCCCACAUCUACGUGGUCCCCUUGACCCUCAUCAUGGUCAUGUAUGGUAGGAUUGGCGUCAAACUCUACAGGUCAUCAGGCCCGGUGAGCAAGCACAGGGUGGAGAACCAGGAGUGCUGCAGCGCUGCGGUCUCCAGGCGGAAGGUCAAGGUAAUCAAGAUGCUCAUUCUGGUGGCCCUGCUCUUCAUGCUUUCCUGGCUGCCCCUGUGGACCCUGAUGCUGUUCAUAGACUACACCAAGCUGGAUGACAACCAGAUUAACCUGCUGACAGGCUACAUCUUCCCCUUUGCGCACUGGCUCGCCUUCUCCAACAGCAGCGUCAAUCCCAUCAUCUAUGGCUACUUCAAUGAGAACUUCAAGCAGGGCUUCCAGACCGCCUUCAAGUUCCAGGUUUGCUCGGAGGACACAGGGCACCACAAGGCCUAUUCGGAGAAGGUGACGGGCAGCAUCAGUGGCUUCAGCACUCGCAACAAGAUCUUCACGGACAGGGAAUACUCCGACUCCAUCUGCCUCAAGAACCUGCAUGCCAAAGCCCCCUGCCCCAUGCAGAAUGGACAGGCCCAGAAACAGGGACUUCACCUGCAGGAUAUUGAUAAAAUCACCCCUCUGAACAAAGUCUGCAAAGCAUGGGAUGAUUGAGACAGCUGGUGAGAUGGGAAUGCGGUCUCUUUCCAGUUGCAAAUGUCACUUUUAUUUGUCACUGUGAUGCGUGUGCAGUGGUGAGUAUUUUCCCUUCAGGCCUGGGUACCUAGCUAUUCAUAUUCUGUUUUGUAAAUGCAAAAUGAAUCAUAUGGGGCUGCUGUUCAAUAUUCCUAAUGAUGCACAAAUAUCUGUCAAUCGCUUUCAGUGUCUAGUUGAGGCUAGCUGUCAUAUAAAAUGUCCAUGUAUUAAAGCUACAACUGCAUGCAGAGUUUCCUUGGCUUGCAAUCAGCAUGUGGUGUUUUGGGGGUGGAAAAAUGUAUUUCACAGGGUCAGGAUUCAGUUUUGCAUUUGAAAAAAAAAAUCUAUGAGGAUUGUCUUCUUGUGUUAGCAAAGUGCUGCCUGCCAAGCUCUUACUGCUCUGGCGCCGCCCCAUCUGUUAUAUGUGCAGAAGAGAAUCCCAAAGCUGAUAGGGCAGCCAAAGUCUCUCUCUGGAUGCUCUUGCAACCUUCCAAGCUCAGUACUUCAAUACACAAGCUGAACCAUUCCAGGAGCUCUGCAGUGUUACACAAGAAAUUACAGCUGUAUCCAGGGAGAGUGCCAGAAUAAACACGCCACACUUUUUGUGCUAAGAUCACUUUAAAACUGAAAGGAAUAAAAAAAAAAAAAAUCUAGGCCCCAAUCCAGCAAAGCACUUAAGCAGAUGCUUAUCUUCAAGCAUGGGAGUAGGCAGGUUCCUGAUGCUUUUCACCAUUCCUACUCCUUGACCCUGACUAGACUAGAAAUAUGCACUGGUUUAACUAAAUAAAUAGAUUAAAAAAAAAAGCUAAUUCAACCAGUGCAAACCCUUAAUACAGAUACACUUCAGAUGGUUUAAUCUUUAUUUAAACAGGUUCAGCUGAGUCAGUAAGUUACAGUGAAAUAGGCAAGGGUUAGACUGGUUUAGUGCACCUGGAUUAGGGGUUUUCUCCAGUAUAAUGCAUCAAUUUUCUGAUUGCUUUAUUUCAGCCAGUGCACUCAUCUAGUACGGACUAGGACUUUGUUACCGCUUGGCACUUUGCUCAGCAAAAAUUUCACCUCUGGACACAAUGAACUACUGAAACAAUGGAAUAACAGACAUCACCAAAGACCGUGGGCCAAAUUCUGUUCAUUUACACUUGUGUAAAUCUAGAGUAAUAGCAGUUACUCCAGAUUCACAUUGCUGUGUCAGAGAGGAGAGCUUACCUCAUCGUCUCCCCAGCUGCCAGGGCUUGCUUGGGGACAAUGCAGAACUGUAUGUCCCCCAAAGGCAUUGCCAUUUCAGAGCCCCGCAGCAGAGCUUGGGAUGUGGAAUACACAGUGUGCCUGUUCCAGUGACUGGCCCUUGGAGGUUUCACUUGCAACACAUCCUGAGCAGGUGUCAGUCACACAGGUCUGCUAGAACAUGAGUCUAUUGUGCUUUUUGAUCCAUCUGUACCCAUUCUUUGAAUGCAUCCGAUGAAGUGAGCUGUAGCUCACGAAAGCUCAUGCUCAAAUAAAUGUGUUAGUUUCUAAGGUGCCACAAGUCCUCCUGUUCCUUUUGCGAAUACAGACUAACACGGCUGCUACUCUGAAACCUGUCAUUCUUUGAAUGUAGAUUAGCUCAUGCAAUUUGUACAAACAAUAGCCUAACCAUUUCCUGUUAAUUACAACGCCCAUGCUAAAUCAGCUCAUGUCUAUUCAUAAUCAUAUUGCUGGAAAAUCAUGAGCACUGUGAAUCAGUUACUUUUCCUCACACCUGUGUCUUGCUCCUGUAAUACAUAGGGAAAUUCAUUACAGUGUUUUAAUGGGUUCUGUGUCAUUUCUCUGGAUUUUUGGGAUUUGCGGCAAUGAGAAAUGAGGGAAGGACUCCAAAGAACAAAGGGGAUUGGAAGCAGAAAGAACUGACUAUAAAGAGGACAGUCUAAAAUGAGCUUCCAAACUAGUGCUGUGCCUUCCUAAUUAAUCUAGCAGGGAAUCCCAAUAUUUAAAUGCAGAAAACUAGAUCCUGGAUGCCAACAGAAAUUCCUGCCCAUAUGCGUUAAAGACCACAAGGGACCAUUGCAUUUUUCCCCAACCUGAGUUCCAGGAGAAAAUUAAUCCUGCACCAAAGAGCGGCCUUGAAAACAAUGUGUCCUGAACCACAUGAUCACACCAUAAAACAUCACGUUGGAUUAGUUUUCCCCACUCAGGCCAGAGGCGUCAGGGAAAGGGAGCCCAGGAAAACCCUCUCCACGUCCGUUGCUGAUGAAAUUGCACAGAAUACACCUGAUUCUGUCCAAACCUUGAGGCCAUUUGUUUCUGUUACAGGGACUCCACUGGCUGCUCCAUCGUACCAAACAUGGCUGACAGGUUAUUGAUUCAGGGAGGAUGUUGUGAAUUUGUUUUUCAUCUGCAGUCCAGUAAAUUAAACUUGAAGCUUAAUCCUCAUUUGUCCAGUCUCCUGGAAGAAAAGCCAAAGCCCUGUUCUCAAUUGAAUCCAUCACCUGCAUGUAUAACUAGCUCUUUUGGCAGACAGAGGAAGGAACAAAACACUCAAUUGUGCAGAGAGGGUGGUUCCUACUUAAAUCAGAAAUCAAUCCAGUUUGAAGGCUUCCACGCUCAGGCAAUUAGUGCUGGAUAUAUUGCUUGCUUUAUCGACUCAUCCGCAGGGGGCUUUUAGAAACUCAUUAAUUAACAGCUCUGAAAUCACUUUGUCUACAGUGGCAGGUUUCAGAGUAGCAGCCGUGUUAGUCUGUAUUCGCAAAAAGAAAAGGAGUACUUGUGGCACCUUAGAGACUAACAAAUUUAUUAGAGCAUAAGCUUUCGUGAGCUGUAGCUCACUUCAUCGGAUGCAUGUGGGAGUCCCAGCUGAGAUUGGGGGCCCCUCUGUGCUGGGGCCUGUACAAAUGCAUAGUGAGAGACCGUCUCUGCUCCCAAGAGCUCAUUGGUCUGAAUGAGCAAGACAGAGGAGGGUGGGUGAAGAGGUAUAUCCUGCCCAUUUUAGAGGGAGAACUGAAUCACUGAGAGGUGGAGUGACUUGCCUGAGGUCACACAGCAAGUCAGUGGCAAAGCAGGGAAUUUAACCCAGAUCUCCUAAAUUCUGUUCUAUACCUAAGCCACAGGACCAUCCUUCCUCCGUUAAGUACUACGCACUGAGUUCUCCUCCCUCAGAGCUCACCUGACAUAGCAGAACAAUGAAGACCAAUAACACUGAACAUGUUUAUAGAAAUUUCCAUUUUCAAAGCACUACACAUAGACAUUAACUCAGUAAUCUGCACAAUGCCCUAGGGAGGUUCUGGGGAAACUUGAGGCACAGAGUGGCCAAGUAACACACUGAAUGGCACAGAGAGGCAGGAUUAGAACUCAUGACCAGACUACGCAAGGAAGAGUUACCAUUAAAACAACUUCAGGAAAAGAAUUAAUUGAACAUCUUGUUUAUAACUUAGUAUCAUAGAAAUUUGAGAUGGGAAGUCCACUCAGCCUCCUUUCUAGUCAAUGCAGGGCUCCCCCUAUGGACUAUGUAGUAUUGGAAUAGCGGCUGGAUUGUGAACAGGCACUGUGCUGAAUUGAGGUCCACACGGAUUUACCCACCCCACACCACCUCUGUCUCAAAUCAGAGCAGCAGGGAAUGAGAACAUGACUGUUAACUGAACUGGCUGAUUCAGAGGACUCUCUGGAGACUGGUCCAGGUGCAUCCACACUGCACCAUAAACUGGGGGCUGUGGGACCCACAACUGCAGACUUGCUCUUUCCAAGUCUGCACUUGUGCAUCCUCCCUGCAUUGUAAACCAGCUUUACAAUUGCUGGACUAGGCUGGAGUGACAAUACUACACACAGACCCAACUGAAGUCACCUACAAACCCAGGCUUGAGCUGCAUCCAUACUGCAAAAUGACAGGGCUUGGCCCUGAAUCUCAGCAGGACUUGGGCUUGAACCCAACCCCUAAGACCUGAGGGCCAAGUCAGAAAGAUUUGUUUGCCAGAAGAUCUGGGAAUGAGUGAGAGCGGAUGGAUCACUUGAUGAUUACCUGUUCUGUUCAUUCCCUCUGCGGCAUCUGGCAUUGGCCACUGUCAGAAGACAGGAUGCUGGGCUGGAUGGAUCUUUGGUCUGACCCCGUAGGGCCGUUCUUACGUAUGUGGUAGUGGGGGGAGGGGUUGGAUUCAAAGCUAAGCUUGAGCCCAAGUUUACAAGGCAUGUAGACAGACCAUGGGUUUCCAGCAGCACUUGAUGGCUCUCACUUUCACUUUACGUGUUUGACAGCUAUUACCUUAAUGGAAUCUGCCAUUCGAGCUUCACUCCCAAACCCAUUGCCAUGGUGCAAAUAGCAUCUGAAGGGAUGUGAUUCGCUGGGAAAGGCUCAGGGUCAGCAGCUAUCAUGACUUUGAGGUGGGAAGCCAAGCGUACUAACGAACCUCUGGCUGUUCAGGGCAGUGCAGAAUUUUGCUGCUGUUGGGGAAAGGGGGCUUAUCAGUGCGACCAAUGCCAGGCAGAGAGGUGCUAGUGGAGGUAGUUUGAGCAGUUCCUUUUCUUGUCCCAGUCUCUCACUGAGUUCAGGAAGAUGAAUGGAGGGGAGAUGGGGCAGAGGGACGCAGUGGAGGGAAAUGGUCCUCUUUCAGCAGUGCCUUUGCUUCAGAUAGAUAUUGCACAGAAUGGGCCCUAUGCUAGUGCAAAUCAGGAGUAAUCCCAUGGACGCCGAUGGAUUGACAUUGGUGUCCGAAGUUUUUGGUCAUGUGAAAAAAAAGUGUUGUCAAAGUUUUUCUUCAAAAAAUUUCAGGAUUCAUUGAAAACCCAACCCCUCUCCCCCUUAACUGAAACCAGUCCUGAUCAGAACCUGGGAAAUUCAGUUGGAAAGGGGCAUUUCCCCUAGAAAUUUACUUUUUGAUAAAAAAGCUAUUUUUCCUCCAGAACCUGUUCCAAAUGAAAACUAGCAGCUGUAGGUGCAAGGGAGAGUACGAGCAGCCCUGUGUUCCUGACUCCACCAUUCUAGGAUUUUAGCACAUACCAUUUCCUGGUUAGUGACUGGCAUUUUGCAUAUGCUCUGGCCAGACCAGACUGGAACCUUGGCUGCACUUGGCUAGGAGUGGGGCCUGUCGUUUUGAACUGGUUUGCUCAAUGAUUGAUAUCCCAGCACACCAGGUCUUGCAAAUGAGAGCAGCCAGCAACUUAGAAAUGUGACACCCCCGUCCUAUCUGAAAUGGCAUAAUGCAGCCCUACGUGUCUAUUCCUGCUGCCUUUGCACAGAGUAGGAUCUGGUAUUCUAGCCCUCCCAUGGAUUUCACUGGAGUCCAAUUGAUUUGAGGGUCAGGGGGGCUGGCAGAGGAGGGUACCAGGGAACAUAAGGGCAGCAGACUCACACCUUAAUGCAGCUCAGGGUUGGAGAGUUCUAGCGGCGUGUUUAUACGAGGCCAAUCCAGCAAACCCGUCCCGAGCACCAGGGCAUCGGUGGUAGCAGCCUCUUCAUCCCACAAGUAAUCAGACUUUUGCCUACUGGCAGUGUGAAUCUGUCUGAAGGUUCAAAGGCAUAAAUCACCAUUGAAUGACUUUGAUCACCGCCAUAUCAGAUGCAAGCAAAUUGCAUUUCCCCACUUAAAAGAUGAAAGCAGGCGUACACAUGUGGAGGGCCUGACAGAACAAGCAGAAUGGGGAGUAGAGAAGCACGUAGCAGUGUGCAUUGGGACAGCUGGGCUUCUUCAGCAAGGGGAGCGGCUGGGCUGUAGGGUUGUUCUCUGUACAGAUAGAGAGGAGGGAAUAGCCAGCGCAUCUUGCCAGCUGUCACUGCACCACAUGCCUUCCUCUGGGACAAUCCAUGAAGGACAGGAGGCAUGUGACGUAUCUAUCAUGAUGUAGCUUGAGUGCUCGCUGGGUCUGGCUGAGCAGCAGACACAACGGAUCGUGAUCUGUAGCUUGUCAAGGGAAAUACAGAAACGAUGGCGUUAGGACUAUUAUGUGCAUUUCAGCAGAGCUCAACAACUCACACAGGAGCCUUGGUACCAAUGUU